UAUACUACUAUAUAGCUCAACAUUAUUGGAAUUUUGUCCAUUGUUUUGGCACAUCACAUAAUAAAUUGGCUGACGAAUUCUUCAUCUAAACAAAUCAUCAAGUUUAUUUAUUAACAAUUGUCGGCACGAAGCCAAGUAUAGUGAGUUGAUGAAAAUGGUGUGUGGCAAGUUCUACUUCCUACUCUUUGUUAUUUUUUGCCUUAGUCUAAAUAAUGUAGAAGGCAAACUUUCAUCAAAUUAUUACGCUUCUACUUGUCCAAAUGCUCUUGAUAUUGUUAAGGAAGGGGUUAAGGAUGCUAUAAGAAAAGAAGCUCGAGUUGGAGCUUCAAUUCUUCGAUUGCAUUUUCAUGAUUGUUUUGUCAAUGGUUGCGACGGAUCAAUCCUCCUAGACGAUACUCCAAAUUUCAAAAGUGAGAAAACAGCCGCCCCUAAUAAUAACUCAGCCCGUGGAUUUGAGGUUGUAGACAACAUUAAGGCUCAGUUAGAAAAGGCAUGCCCUGGAGUUGUCUCUUGUGCUGAUAUCCUUGCUAUUAUUGCUCGUGAUGCAGUUGUUCGUUAUGGUGGUCCAACAUGGAAAGUGAGAUUGGGAAGAAGAGAUUCUCUCACAGCAAACCGAAGUGCAGCAAACGCUUUUAUUCCUCAACCUUCAUUCGAUGUUAGUAAUCUUACUUCCAGUUUUGCCGCCGUUGGUUUAUCGUUCAAGGACAUGGUGGUCCUCUCUGGCGGACACACGGUUGGAUUAGCAAGAUGUGCAACAUUCCGAACACAUAUCCACAAUGAUACUGAUAUCAACACCGCCUUCGCUAACUAUCUUAAGAAAAAAUGUCCUCUAACGGGAAAUACCAAUGUUUUAGAGCCCUUAGACUACCAAACUAAGUAUACUUUCGACGUCAAAUAUUACCAAAAUUUACUAGUUAAGAAGGGUUUACUACACUCAGAUCAGACACUUUACAAUACAGACAAGAAAUCUGAAUCUCAUGUUAAAAGGUAUGCAAUGGAUCAAUGUAAGUUCUUUAAGGACUUUGCUAAGAGCAUGAUUAGAAUGGGAAACAUCAAGCCUCUUACCCGAAGUAACGGCGAAAUUAGGCGUAAUUGCCGUAAACCUAAUUAGAGAUGAGUCCCUAAUUCAUAGAUCUUUACGUACAUGCAUUAUUUAUUUUUACAUAUGUCCAAGUUUAUUUUUAUUGUAAAUUUGUGAAAGAUGUAUUUAUAUUGAUGUUUUGAUUGGUAUGGAGUAUUUUAUGUAAUUUUUUGUCAAGAAUAAGUUGUCAUGUUAAUAUUGUA